AUGGCCCACUCCAGCCCCCAAACCCCAACCCUAGCCAGCCCAGGAACAGGCCACUUCCCCAGCGCAACCUCACACAUCCGCAUCGCGCGACCCUGUCGCGACUUCACCGCUGCAGAACGCUUCUACGUGACCGGCCUCGGCCUCAAAGUCCUCUGGCGGAGUGGACCCGCACACGAAGUCGAGGGCGGCCAUGAGCUGCUGAUGCUGGGGUGGCCGGGCGCAGCGUGGCAUUUGGAGCUGGUGCUGGUGCAUGGCAACGACGAAAAGAAUGCGCCGAGGCCGACGGAGGAGGAUCUAUUGGUUAUUUAUGUGGAUGGGGCGAUUGAGCCCGGGGUUGUGGAGAGGUUGGUGGAGAAUGGGGGACCAGAGUGCAACAUUCGAACGAGUAUUGGGAGAAGUGGGGGGUUACGGUUAGGGAUCCGGAUGGCGAAAUAUGACAGCUGCAAGAUGUUAUAUGUGAGAGCACUGGAUCGGCUGCGGACUUCGCGGUCUCGCUAAAUAUAUAUAGUCUUGGGCCAAUGGCUUGUCUUGGACUUGUUCCGCCUGGGAAGCACCUUCUUAGGCAGAGAUUACAAUAUGCUUUCUGGACAUGAAAUUUCGACAGAUAAUCACUUAUCUCUCGGAGGGCCAUAUAAUCUUCAAUGUGUUAGGUGGCUGAUACACUGAUGCAGUCUUGUCCGAGGCAGAGACAUGACUCGAUGUUGG